GGGGGAAGCUCAGCGGGCGGAGAGCGGGGAGGAAAUAUAAUGAAAGGAGGAAUAAUGCACUAAGGGGAAGGAGGCUGAUGGUCGCCCGGAGGCUCCGCACCUACAGAGAGUGAAGUCCUGUUGCAGUGCCGCUGCCUCUACCUACGCUGACUGAGCUUGUCAAUGGAGCUGGAAAAUAUCGUUGCCAACACCGUCUUGCUGAAAGCCAGGGAAGGGGGUGGAGGGAAACGCAAAGGCAAAAGCAAAAAGUGGAAGGAAAUCUUGAAAUUCCCUCACAUCAGCCAAUGUGAAGAUCUCCGAAGAACAAUAGAGAGAGAUUACUGCAGUAUAUGCGAAAAGCAGCCGAUCGGAAGGCUUCUCUUUCGGCAGUUCUGUGAAACUCGACCCGAGCUUGAGUGCUGCAUUAGGUUUCUUGACUCAGUGGCAGAGUAUGAAAUUGCUCCAGAUGAAAAGCUGGGAGAGAAAGGAAAGGAAAUCAUGAUGAAAUACCUCACCCCAGAGGUAAGGGGCAGCCAGAGUGAUGUCAGUCCAGAUCUUAUCCAACAGACAGAGGAAAAACUCGAAAUCAGCCCCUGCAAAGAGCUAUUCGCUCACUGUACAAAAUCUGUCCUUGACCACCUCAGCGGGGAACCAUUCCAAGAAUACCUAAACAGCAUGUACUUCGACAGGUUUCUGCAGUGGAAGUGGUUGGAAAGGCAACCAGUAACGAAAAACACAUUUAGGCAGUACAGGGUACUGGGGAAAGGUGGCUUUGGGGAGGUCUGCGCUUGCCAAGUCCGAGCAACAGGGAAGAUGUAUGCCUGCAAAAGAUUAGAGAAGAAGAGAAUAAAAAAGAGGAAAGGCGAAUCCAUGGCACUAAAUGAAAAGCAGAUUUUAGAAAAAGUCAAUAGUCAGUUUGUAGUCAAUUUAGCCUAUGCCUACGAAACAAAGGAUGCACUGUGUUUAGUUCUGACCAUAAUGAAUGGGGGUGACUUGAAGUUUCAUAUCUACAAUAUGGGAAACCCAGGCUUUGAGGAAGAACGAGCUUUGUUUUAUGCGGCAGAGAUUCUUUGUGGCUUAGAAGACCUACACAGAGAAAAUACUGUAUACAGAGAUUUGAAGCCAGAAAAUAUCCUACUAGAUGAUUAUGGUCAUAUUAGAAUAUCUGAUUUGGGUCUAGCUGUUAAAAUUCCUGAGGGUGAAUCAAUCCGUGGAAGGGUAGGAACAGUAGGGUAUAUGGCCCCAGAAGUGUUGAACAACCAGAGAUACACGCUCAGCCCUGACUACUGGGGGCUAGGCUGUCUCAUUUAUGAAAUGAUUGCUGGGCAAUCACCAUUUCGUGGAAGGAAAGAGAAAGUGAAGAGGGAAGAAGUGGACAGGAGAGUGCUGGAGACGGAAGAAGUGUACUCCCAUAAGUUUUCUGAGGAGGCCAAGUCCAUCUGUAAAAUGCUCCUCACCAAAGAUUUGAAGCAGCGACUGGGAUGUCAAGGGGAAGGUGCAGCAGAAGUGAAGAGACACCCCUUUUUCAAGAGCAUGAAUUUCAAGCGGUUAGAAGCAGGAAUGCUGGAUCCUCCCUUUGUCCCUGAUCCCAGAGCAGUAUAUUGCAAGGAUGUGUUAGACAUCGAGCAGUUCUCCACAGUGAAAGGAGUAAACCUGGACCAAACAGAUGAUGAUUUCUAUUCCAAGUUUUCCACAGGAUCAGUCUCUAUUCCAUGGCAAAAUGAGAUGAUAGAAACAGAGUGUUUCAAAGAACUAAAUGUGUUUGGACCAAAUGGUACUAUUUCACCAGACCUAAAUAAAAGCUACCCCCCAGAGCCACCCAAGAAAGGAUUGCUACAGAGAAUAUUUAAACGACAGCAUCAGAACAAUUCAAAGAGUUCUCCAAAUUCAAAGGCCAGUUUAAAUCACCACAUAAAUUCAAAUCAUGUAAGUUCAAACUCCACUGGAAGCAGCUAGUUCCAACUGAGUUUUAUGAAACAACAUGUUGCAUCCUUCCACUAUAAUCUAUGGAGCUUCUAUGGAUGAGAGCGCAUCCACCAUUGAGUGAAAAAAAAAGAUCUCCCCAAAAUGGAGAUUUUCUAUCCAUUCCUUCCAGUGGAGCCUCACAUUUUAAGAAGAAAUUUCCACUCAGGUCUGUUUUUGGAGGUGGCACUCAAGACUGUGUGAAUCAAAUUUGUCUAUUUAGAACAUUGCAAUAGAAAUUCAAUGAACAUGACUACUUGCACGUAUUUAAAUAGCAUCAUGCUAGAACUGAAUUUUGUCUUUAUUAUUUUUAAAGAAAAGUUUUGUAAAUUUCUCUAUUGUCUCAGUUUACAUUUUGUACAUUUGUAUUUAAAUGAAAGUCAGACUUUGGAGGUGUAUAUUUUCCAAGCAGCAGCUGUAAAGCCAUGUGUUUUAAGACAUUUUUUUAAAAGAAAAUGAAAUGUGACUCAAGACUUCCAGAGCCUCAAAUGAGAAAUUGUUCUUUUUAGUAAUUCUAGAAAAUUAUUCAUAUUCCACUUUAUCAGACUGGGUUUUACUGACAUGCAUUUUUAUGGAACAGUUUAUUCUUAAUUGUUUUACAUCUGUAUAUUUGGUUUACAGCAACACUGCAUACAUUUCUCCACUUCAUUAAUUUGUAAUGUCUUGCAUUAAAUGCUAAAAGCUACUGAUAAGGCUUUGAUGCGUUCAAGAAUACUACUUGCUAUGCCUAAGGUUUGUGAUGUCAUGGGACCAGCACAGCUGAGAUUUGCACUUACUUAUGUUGUUAGGUCAUCACAAAUUUUUUGGUUUGAAAGGGAACCUUGUUUUAAGUCCUUUUCCAACACUUUUUUGUGCUGUUUCUAAUGAGAGAAAGAACAAAAUUGAGUGAGAGGUGACCAGGAAAGCAGCUGGUCAUUUAUUUUUCAAGGACUUGAAACUUGCACCCCCUAAAAUGAGAGCAAAAUUCAAAGUGAUAUCAGUGUUAAAGUCAGAAAUUCAAGGCGUUUCCACAGUUGCUGGUAUCCAACAGGUAGCAGGAGAGAAAUUCAGUAGUCUGUUUUGUUCUGACCAUGAGAUUCAUGUCAGCUUUCUAGAGCUGAGCUCUGGAGGUUCAGAAUGGGAUCUGAGCUGUUUAUGUCACAUCACAUCCAUUUUUAUUUUGACCCAUCUCUGCUUUUGAGCAGGACUAGAACCUGUAGGUUGUGUCUGCACUUAGGGUUCCUUUAUGUGUGAAGUGUCAUGUCAAACAUACCAUGGCUCGUCCCCUCAGUUAAGUCCUCAGCUUAAUUGAAUAAAAUGUCAAUUAUGAAGUAAUAGCUCCCACUUUUGGCUCCAUCAUUCUUUGUCCAGGACCCUUUAACCAUUGUGUAAAACAUUCUUCCCACUAGUAUAAAUAGGACCAGUCAGGAUCAGCAGCAAUACCUCAAGCACCAGAAUUAUAUUCUUCUCAAUUAUGCCAGUAUCUAUUGUUACGAAUGCCAGAUCCGAUAUGAAAUAUCAUUCCUUCACGCAAAAGGAAUUGGAAGACCUUUGUCCUCCAAGUGCAGACAGGGUCUACAUAGUCCAAAGUGUUCUGUGAAAUAGGUUGGUUCACCAUGCUCUUUACAGUGGUGGCUAGACUGGAAUGAUCAUUUUACACUUUUAGGUCAAAGAAGAACAUCUGAUGGUCAGCCUGGUACGUCUAAAAUUCUGUUAGCUACUAGUGCAGCUAUCCCAGGAGACUAGGAAGCACUGUUCCAGCAGAAGUUUAAGUAGCCGAAAUUCAUUAGACUGUCAUGUAUAGGUUCUCUCUGGCCACUGGAGAAAGGAAGAAGGUGCAGGUUAGUAGUAGCAAAGCUAUGAAUAAGAAAGUGACAUGAAUUACUAAAACAGCCUGAGGUCAUGAGGGAGAGAAAUAAAACAGGGUCAGAAUUUGCCCAAAGCAGCUGGCAGAAAAAAGUCAAAGGGAGACGGGGCUUGGGCGCCUUUAUCAGAAGCAAAGUGUAUUAAAAUGAAAGCAUACCUCAUUCCAAAAGCCUCCAGUUUUCUUGGUCACUGGUAGACAUGCAGAGAAGUUCUGUUAGUGUGCCCUAAUAUUACCAAGCAUACAUUCCCCUUCUUCCUUCAGGUCAGCAUGGCCAGGAAUUUCCUGUGCCCAGUGUAGAUGGUGCUCAGGGAGAGCUUCAGCCACUCUCCCAUGUCAGAUGAUGGCAUUGCAGAUUUUAGGCAAGGUGCAAGACUCUAGGGAGAGAGGAGUAGAUGAAAAUUUUGAGUAAUUUUCUCUCUGGAUCAGCUAUAAACUGAAACUAUAGUGGUUUCAGCUUUCUGACGGGAAGGGAAUGAAAUAUUACAGGGGUGAAAGCAACUAUGCCUAUAGGGGCUGUUACCUUUAUCUCUGUUCUCAUAGCCUGAUGUAAAGCUACAAGAAGAACCUGAUCAGUCAUUUUAACAUGCUUUGGAUGAAGAUAUACUUGCUCUGGGAGGUUUUCACUGGCUUCCUUCAGUGGCACAUGGGAUUUCACCUGAUUUCAAGAAACGUAGGUGAGAAGUGGAGGAACAGAUCUUAGCCAAACCACUAAUGUGUAUCAGGGUAACUGAGACAAGACACACAGUUCUUGGACGAGUGCUAGUGUCAUGCAACUCUAAUCUGUUUUUAAUCACUCUAAGACAUCACCUAUUAACAGUAUGGUAUGCAGUAUGUUUGUGCACUCCCAGAUGACUUCAUCUUGUGCAUAGAUGCUAGGUGACAGCUAGAGCAUAGGACUAAGCUCUCGUUCCACCACUGGCUUUAUCUCACUUUGCAGCAACAGAGAAACAUAUUCUCCCAUCAGAAAAAUGUGGCUGAUAAUAGAUACCUACCACUCUGGGGGAGAAAAAAAGGGGGUGUGGGAAAGCUUAGCCCAUGUUUCAUGUUUCCUCAGUGUUUCAUGGGAUAAAGUAAUAAGGCCACAGCUUUUCACCCAAGAGGUUCAUUUUCUACAUGUUAGCAAUUUGGCACACGAAGACUAAAUUUUCUUCUUUUUUUUUUUACCAUCUCCUAUUUGGGAAAUAAAAUCCUAAUUAUAACAAACCCUUUACUGAAAGCUGAUGAGCAAAUUGCAAACAGAUUGUACAUGGCCAUAUACCUCUUAGAUGAUCAGUCUUAACUAGUGGUGGGUGACUUUUUGAUAUGACAACAGUGAACGAUAGCAAAUGAUGUGAUUAUUGGAUAUGGAUACUCUCUCUCAGUAUGACUGUAGCCAGGAUGCCAGGCUUGUGCCCUGGUCCACGUCCAUCUCGAGAGGGGAGCUCCUCUCUGCGCCCUUUGCUGUCCUUACACUGGAACAGCUCCCUACUCAGCACCUCUAGAACUCUAGCAGUGGGAACACAAGGACAGUGCAAAAUCCUGGAGUGGACUAGAUCUGUGUUCAGUGAGUCCCAAGAGCUUGUAAAUACUUGGAGGAGAUUAUGCUACGGUUAGGUAUCCUGAACCCUCAAGAUGAUAUGGAAGAAGGAUUCUUAUGUCCAGCUUGUGCUAAAGAGUCAACCCUGCAAUGAAGUCCCAGCCCCUUGGCAGCAGAAAGUGAGUGAAGGGAAAGACAGACAACAAGACCAAGGGGGAGAUUUCAUGCUGUUUCCUUGAAGUCUGCAAAACUUUUAACAGUAUUAUGAUGCUUGGAUGACAGUAUUGUGAUACACUUUCAGUAUCUGGGACCUGAGAGGUUCAAUCAGUAUCAUACAAUCAGACAAACUGGGACUCUUUUGGUUAGAGUUUGCCUACAAUAAAAAAAUUGUGCUUUAUGGAUUUUUUUUUUUUGGUUAUUCAGCUCAACUCACAAAUUCACACCCAAGACCAGGAUAUCUCACAGUUCUUCACUUCCAUUGUGUGACCACACAAUGUCCUUCACUUCCAUUGUGUGCAAUUUCAGCACGCAGCUCUAGAGCUGAAACCCUGCUGAGGCAAUCUGCUGCACAUCCAGGCUCCCACAGACACUUGGAAUUUGUUUCUGUGGAGUCGAAUAUUUACACUGCAUUGAAAAAACACUGGAAGCCAUGGGUGUUCAGCAACUCUGGAAAAAAUAGGCUUCUAAUUUCAUCGUACAACCUUGGGGAGCAUUUACAAGAGAGUAUGCAGUAUUUUGAUUCAGCGUGAACAGUUUUUGCGGUGGCUUUGUGCAUAAGAAAGGAGUAGAAAGGAGUAGUUGUUUAAUAGCUUUCCAGCGUGAUUAUUUUUCUAUAUCAUCUUCCCAAUUACAAUACAGUUUAUUCUGAAAAAUGCACAAGUUCAGAUCUGGUUGUUUGUUUUAAAUAGAUUGAUGAGCAAAUUUAGGUCUUUUUAAUAAUUGGAAAACUUCUGCCUACUGAUCCUGAACUGUGCAAAUAAGUCUGUUAUUGUUAAGUCUUUACUAAGUAGUCUGACAAGCAUUUAUUAGUCUAUGGGUUUUAUGAUUCAAAAGUUCUCUAUUCAUCUUCUAUGGCACCUCAAGAUUCGCUUAAGCCUUGUAGCGUUCUUCUUGCACUCUGGUUGGGUGAUAGACUUUUUAGACAUAUGAAGACUGAAGGAAAAAUGCCAAAUAAUAAACUCUUUCAUACACACCCUUGACCUGGAUUAUCUAGAAAUAGAUUGUUUUACAAGCAUGGCUGUGACUCAGAUAUUGUUUCUGAACAGAAACGUGUGUGUUAAGAUAGAAAAGGUGUGAAGAUAAUCAAACCAAACAGAUACUGGAGAUCAGCCUGAAUGUUAGUGAACUACAGAAUUCCAUAUUGCAGUUUUUGUCUGGCCCUGCUGGUUACAGCUGGCUGGUAACUGACAGUUCAGAGGCACUUCCAGGUACCUGUAACAAUUUGAUUGUCUCAAUUUAGAGUCAUCAUCUCCCCCAGAAGCUAUAGCACUGCUGUGCCAUAAACAAUAGGUAAUCAAACUUUACUAAAUUGCUAGUGUCUUGCUCUAAGACACUGAUUCUUAAUUUUGUUCCACUAGAACUCAGACUCCAAACUGGACUCUUUAUCUGUCAAAGCCUUACAUUUCAAAUCCAGUUGCUGUUAAUAUUUUUCAAUCAUGAUGGCUCAGCUAAAACGAAAUCCAGAAAACCAGUCCAUAAUACCCGUAAAAGCAGGAGAAGCUCAAAAAAAAAGACAGAGAGGCCAUGAGCACUGAAUUAAGAUAAUUACAUUAUCUCAAUGUGUGUAUGUUCGUUAUGAAGUGUGAAAUGGCUGUUACUAUGCAUCACUUCACAUUCUUCCUUGGUAGAUCUUAUGUAACCCAAAGUUUCUAGAGUACCUUGAAAUUACUCAAGGUCAUACGAAGUAGAGGGUCUGGCCCACGGCUCAAAGGCAAUACAGGUUUUGUGAGUAAGUCAGCUGUAACAGUUCAAAGAGGCAAGUAGGUGCCCAUUCAGCCUGUAUGAACAGCCCUUGCACAGAUCGGUGUUCCCACGUAUCUGAGCCUCAACAGGGAGUUCUUGUUGUAGACUUUUUUGGAAGAGUAGUAAAUGAAAUGCACACCUUUAUAGCACAGCUGCUGCUUCUCAUGGACAUCCAUGGGAUGAGUGGCUCAGAUCUGGACCAUAAAAUCUGAUUUCAUUGUAGACAAGAUAUGGCUGUUUCAACCGCUGGUCCACAGUUAGUUGUCACUGUUUACUGUUCAGAUUUGUAAUAUUCAUUUGUUAAGUGUCUUAGUGCAGAUGAGAUCAUUGAUCAGACAUUUCCAGGCAUUUUCCAUACAGUCUUUGAAAAGAACGGAUUUUGCUUUGAAUGAACAUUCUUGGGUUAGUCUGUUCCUUGGGAUCUAGACCCUCUUCCUUAAUGCGUGUAGCAUGAAGUACAAAAGGAGCUGCAGAAGCUCGACGAGUCCAGAAUAAAAUUAAUCAAUACCUAAGUAACAGGUGCCAUCUUCAUAAAAACACCACUUGGCCUUCUUGUCUGGCCCCGCAGCAGAGAAGUCCAGUGGUGAACAGACAAAAAGGUUCUCCUGCUGAGGAUUUUUCCAGUGUCUCAGGCUGCAGGGAGGUACAUUUGGCAGUGAAGACUGGGAGAAGCUAUUUUCAUUCAAUGACUACAAGGAAAACAGAAGAUUCCAGAGCUGUCAGUGUGAAAUGUUCCACAAAUACAAUUUAAAAUGCUCCUAAUCAUUUAAAAUAAUAACUACUACCACCCUUGUGCUAAACUUGAGAGAAGAGUACAUAAGUUUAAAAUAAUUCUUCACUUUACGUGCUGGGUGGGAGACAAUCUCUCUUAGAAAUACUUAAUAAUAUCAUUUAUGCAAUGCUGGCUGGUAAUACCAUUCUGUCCUUAUCUGCAAAAAGAAAAGAGAAAGAAAUUGGUCCAGAGAACUUUGCAUAUUCUUUCCUCUAGGGAAAUCACUGAAGAAGGAGAAGGCCAAUGGCAUGCUGCAGUAUUAUAUGCUCACGUCCCUCAAACAUCUCUGUGAUAAUACAAAUACAAGACGCUGCCAUUGGAUCAGCUGAGCUAGAGUACUGUCAAAUGGAUUUUAUGAAAGAAACAAUUUUAAAGAGAUUGCAGCCUGUUCACUAAAAUGAGUAUCACUGCCUGUGUAAAAGUAUUCUCCUUGGUUUAUGUAUUGGAGCCAGAAGUGGUGGAUUGUAUUCCUGUUCUGCCCAUGUUUUUCUUCACUGCCCUGGGCAAACCUCUGUGCAAUUUGGUUUUCCCAUUCUUAAACAUGGAGGGACACUCUCUAUUUAUCAGAAGCACUUUGUAGUCUAUGCAUAAAACAGAUCAAUAUAAACUCUUUUUUAUUAUAAGUGAAGUAGGCUUGAUAUAGCUGCUCUUAUUUACAUGACUCUAGGGAGAUGACUUUUGUAAAUAAGAGCUCUUUUUUAAUUGUUGUUUUGCAUAGUUCCUCAGAGAUGGAAUGCACUUCACUUCUGUAAAGACACCUCCAACAGAAGAUGACAGUGUAAAUGUUCAAGUGUUCAUUUCUUAUAUAAGAGCUAGCUAGUAGUUGCAGCAAUCACAAACACUUCCUCUUUUUUAUAUUGGAAAUAAGUAGUUAUGAGGGAGGAAACAAACUUAACAUUCACUGGUUCAGCUUCACAAUCAUCUUUCUCUUUUUGGGCCAAGCCUGCAACAGAAUUCCUAGGCGUCAAUUAAGUGAAAUGCUGUGAGCAGUCACAAUGAUGCAUGCAUGGUAAACAUUGAGUCAACUCACUGCCCAUCCAUGGAAACAAAAGAGGUAACCACAUUCCUGGGAUUAAAGGACUCCAAAGGGGAACUCCAGGUUUCCCGGAAAAUCAGCAGGCCACUGAAGAAGAUUCACUCCCAGAGAAGAAACAUUUCAGCUAGUGGCUGGAUGACAAAAGCGUUUUCCUUCCUCAUCACCCCACAGCUGUUAAAUAUGUUUAUUAGCCAGCUCAAAUGAGUUACUUGGUGUGUACUGAAUGCAAUUUCCCUUGAUUGCAUUUCUUUUAAAUACUGGACACUCUUCUAGAAGACUUAACAUUUUAGCCUUUUGAAGGUGAAGGAUGUACAAACUUUAUUUUGUGUUUCUGAGCAAUGUAGAUAGACCUAAAGAUUUCAUGAACUAUCCUGUGGUUACCCAUAUCUGACGAAUAAUUAAAUUGUAAAAUUGCCGUUUCAUAUUAGGGUUAGUCUUUUCACCUGCUUUAAAAAUUAAAAAUCAUAUUUGGUAUAUGAACAUAAACAGAAUAUCCUUCUGAUUGAAUUUCAAGAGCAUAUCCAGGAUUAAAUGUUUUUAGGCACUUCUAAUACUGUAGUAUAUAAGAAGAGCAGACACUUCUAAAGCAAUGUUAAAAGCUGUCUUUCAUAAUUGAGUCAACAAAUCAUUUUCAUAAUAAAGUAAAGCAAGUGUUCGCAAUUAGAAGAGCUAGUGGCUGUUGGUAUUGUACAAAAAAAACCAUUCUAGUAUCCAAAGGGUUGGGGGCGGGGGGGCUACUUGAUUUUGUUUCUCUUUCCAGGGAGAUCUUUAACAUUGUUUGAUGAAACUAGCUUUAUUUUGAGAUUGUUACUGAAGAUAAAGGCUUCUGUGUUCUAUGGCUGCUUGGAUUCUUCGUACAUAAUGUCCUAGUAAUGUCACAGUGCUGCUGUAUCUAGAUCAAACCACUGUUUUGAUUGUUUUUUGGGCUUUUUUAAAUAAAUUCCUUAAUUUA